UUUAUCCCCUCAGGACCCCAUUUAUCCCCUUAGCGCUCCAUUCACUCCCUAUGUCCCCCCCCAAGCUUCCCAUUGGCCAGCGAGGAGGCGGGACCUCCGCAGCACCGCCUCUCAUUGGCUGCCGGUUUCCCGCGGCUGGGGUUGGGGUGGGGGCGGGCUCUUGGCUCGCCUCUGCGCGCUGAUUGGCGGAGAGAGAGGGAGGGCGGGCAAAGGAGGCGGAGCGUUCCCGGCGUGCACCGCGCGACGGUGCUACCAAUGGCCGAGCAGCCACCAGCGACUGGUCUCAUCCCCCCAUCACACUUCAUGCUUCGCCCCCCUGGGCCCAGCACCAGGGCCUGGCUCCCCAUUGGCAGGACCCUGGAGGCGGAGCUUGAGGCUGAAAGGAGGCGGAACCAGGCCCUAGGGGAGGAGCUUGAGGCCGAAAGGAGGCGGAGCCAGGCCCUAGGGGAGGAGCUUGAGGCUGAGAGGAGGCGGAGCCAAGCCCUGGAGGUGGAGCUUGAGGGUGAAAGGAGGCGGAGCCAAGACCAGGGGGUGGAGCCUAUUGGGGGGCAGCCCCAGGAGGCCCAGGUCCUGCUCCAGGCCCGGCUCAGCGCCAUGGGUCACAUCCUGGCCCUGCAGGAGAAGGAGCUGAGCCGUGCGCUGCCCCCCCCAGGGGUGCCAUUGCCCGUGGGCCCCCCCCGUCUGCUCCUGCUCUUGGGGUGCUGGAGGGAGAAGGUGUUCGGGCUCCUGGUGCAGCUGCGGGUGCAGGAGGAGCUGCAGCGGGCGCUGAGCACGCAGGUGAGCAGGCUCGGGGCUGCGGUGGCUGCGGGGACCCGGAGGGUGACGAGGUUGGAGCUGAGGCUGAAGGAGAGGAUGGAGAGAGGAGAGGAGCAGAGACGGGAGAAGGAGCGCCUGGCACAGGAGGUGACCCAGCAGCGGGCACGGGCAGAGGCGGCUGAGGAGGCACUGGGGGAACUGGCUCAGGCAGCUGCCAGUCUCGCCAGGGUGGUGGCAGCACACGAGGCCGCAGUGGCUGCAGCCACCAGGACCAUGGAGACCCUCAGCACCCGCCUGCGCCGGGCAGGACACAGGCUCCGGGUGCUGCAAGGGCUGAUGGCUCCAGUGGUGCCCUUGGAGGAGGUGACACCGGAUGAGGCCCCCCCCCAUGAGGACAGGAUGGGUCCCCCCCCCAGCAGAGCUGCACUGGGCUCCCUGGUGAUGCACCUGCAGGCUCUGGGUGCCUCCAUCCUUAGGGACAACGGGGACCCCCCCUAACCCGCUUUGCCCCUUUUUGCCCUCUUUUCAACCCAAUUAAAGCUCGUGGGGUGACACCA